GCCCCCCGCUCUUCGGCCCCCCCACCAUGCCCCCGGGGGGUGACCCCGCCCCCCGCCGUGCCCCGGCGAUGCCAGCGUUGGGGGGGCCGGGGGAGCAGAGCCCCCCCCGCGGCCCCACCUGUAGGAUGGGAGGCGGCUGAGCCCCCCCGCCUCCUUCGUCUCCGUCCUGCCCCCCCGCCCCCGGUUUCACGAUGGGCUGCAAGCUCUGUCUGGUGCAGAAGCCGGAGGAGCAAUACAAGGUCAUGCUGCAGGUGAACGGGAAGGAGCUCUCCAGGCUCUCCCAGGAGCAGACGCUGGAAGCUCUUCGCUGCUCCAAGGAGCCGCUGGUCAUCCAGGUCCUGAGGCACAGCCCCCGGGCGCGGGGCGGAGGGGAGGGGGCCGCCCUGCCCGGGGACCCCGCCACCCUGGUGGACAGUGGGACGCAGACGGACAUCACCUUCGAGCACCUGCUGGCGCUGGGCCGGCGGCGCCCCCCCAGCCCCCCUGCCAUGACACUGGAGACCUUCGGGAUCCCCGAGCUGCCCCCCUUCGGGCACGACUACUAUGACCCUGUGGAGUUCAUGGAAGAGGCCCCCCCAGAGACAGAGCGGGCUGAGGAACUGGAGUAUGAGGAGGUGGAAUUGUACAAAUCGAGCCACCGGGACAAGCUGGGGCUGAUGGUUUGUUACCGGACGGAUGACGAGGACGACGUGGGAAUCUAUGUCGGAGAGGUGAACCCUGAUAGCAUCGCUGCCAAGGAUGGGCGCAUCCGAGAGGGCGACCGCAUCAUCCAGAUUAACGGGGUGCAGGUCCAGGACCGCGAGGAAGCCGUCGCCAUCUUGACCCAGGAGCAACAAACCAACAUCUCGCUGCUGCUGGCCAGGCCUGAGACCGAGCUCUCCAGGCGCUGGAAGGACAGUGACCGUGAGGAUUUCCUGGACGACUUCGGCUCCGACCACGAGGGCGAAACGAGACCCCGAGCGACCCCCGGGCAGCAGCCUGCCGUGGCCCCCGACCCGCCCAGUGCCAGCCAGGAACUGGACAGCGGGGUGGGCCGGACGGACGAGAGCACCCGGAACGAGGAGAGCUCGGAGCACGACCUGCUGGGGGAUGAGCCCCCCAGCUCGGCCGGCACCCCGGCCCCCCAGCGCCGUCCGGCCCCGCUGCAGGCCCGGGACUUCCACUUCAGCAUGGACUCGCUGCCGCUGGCGGGUGGCGAGCUGCCGGCCCCGCCCGAGGUGCCAGGGCUGACGGACGCCGAAUUCGAGCGGUACCGGGAGCUGCUGGAGCUGCGAGGGCACCUGGCCACCGGCCCCGGCCCCCUGCGCACCGGCCUGGAGCCCAGCCGCACCCGGGCGGCCCUGCUGGAGGAGGAAUUACGGCACCUGCAGUUCAAAUGCCGCAACAUCCUGCGGGCACAGAAGAUGCAGCGGCUCCGGGAGCGCUGCCUCAAAGCCUGGCUGCUGGAGGAUGGAGGGGGGCCGGCCCCGGCGGGCGAGGGCCACCCCCCGGCCCCGCUGGCCGACAUCACCGAGGUGCCCGAGCGCUCGGAGAAGGACAGCACCAGUGCCUACAACACCGGGGAGAGCUGCCGCAGCACCCCGCCGCUGGGGAGCCCCAGCCUGCGGCCCUGCCGAGCCGGCCCCGACGCCAACCUCCCCGGCCCCCCGCCCAAGCCGGGCCGGCUCCGGCGCCCCCGGGAGGGCAGCCCCGGGCUGGCUCGCCGGGCGCGGGAUGAGAGCCCGGCGCCCGGCGGGCUGGCGGGUGGCGCCCGGGCGGAGUGGAAGGGGAAGGCGCGGGGCGAGGGCACCCGGCGCCCGGGGCGGGACCGGCUGCUCAAGGCGCGGGCGCUGAAGAUCCGGGAGGAGCGGAGCGGCAUGACCACGGACGACGACGCCGUGAGCGAGAUGAAGAUGGGCCGGUACUGGAGCAAGGGGGAGCGGAAACAGCAGCUGCUGCGGGCCCGGGAGCAGCGCCGGCGCCGGGAGCUCAUGCUGCAGAGCCGGCUGGACUGGCAGCGGGAGGCGGGCGAGGGGCGGGCGGGGGGGGCCCCCGGGGCCCCCGGCGAGCUCAGCAUCCUGGCGCUGAGCCACCGCAAGAGCCUCAAGAAGCGGAGCCGGCGCAUCCUGGACAAUUGGAUCACGAUCCAGGAGAUGCUGGCGCAUGGUGCCCGCUCGGCCGACGGGCGCCGGGUCUACAACCCGCUGCUCUCCGUCACCACCGUCUGAGGGGCCCGGGGCUCCCCGCCCCCGGCCAGGAUUGGGGCUCCCCCCCACUGCCAGCCAGGAUUGGGACUCCCCCACCUGCCCCGCUACCAGCCAGGAUUGGGGCUCCCCCGCCUGCCCUGCUACCAGCCGCGAUUGGGGCUCCCCCCACCCUCACCACCGGCCAGGAUUGGGGCUCCCCCUGCCCCACCCCAGACCAGGAUUGGGGCUCACCCCAUCCCCCGCCCACACCACCGGCCAGGAUUGGGGCUCCUACACCCUACCACCGGCCAGAAGUCGGGGCUCCCUCCCUGCUGCGUGACAAGGCUUGGAGACUUGGUUUCUCCCCCAUGUGCCAGGAUUGGGGGGUGAUCCUGCCUCCCCCACAUCGCCACCAUCAGAGGACACAGGGGAUGCAUGGAGACCGUGGGGGCCCCCCCAACCCGACAGAGCAGGAAAGAGGGGGGCACCUGGACAUGCCUGGCUGCAGAAGGGACCCCCGGCUGCUGAGACAAUGAGGAAUUUUGUGGGGUUUCCCAACGCUGCUCCAGCCCCCCCUCCCCUCGCUACAGGGACGCCCCAGGAUCGGGACCAGGGGGGCGUGAAACACAAAGACACCGAGUCAGGCUGUACAUAGAGCACAAGGGCGGGGGGGGGCACAAAGCCCCCCCCAUGCUCCCUCCCGGGACAGUUUUUAUGUUGUGUCUGUGAUUCGUGGCUGGUCAGUUCUUCAUCGUUUGUCUGAGUCUGGCAGGAGAGAUACCUGGGCUCCCUGCCCCCCCCAGCGGACCCCACUGCCCCCCGAACUGCACCCUAGACUCCCAAAACUAGACCCCACUGCCCCCAAACUCCCAUUGCCCCCCAAACUGCCCACUAGCCCCCCAAAAACCCAUCCCACUGCCCCAAACCCCCCAUUGUCCCCCGAAUUUCCCACUAGUCCCCCAAACCCCUCACUGCCCCCAAACAUCAGACCCCUUUGCCCCUGAACUGCGCACUAGCCCCCAAAACCAGACCCCACUGCCCCCAAACCCCUCAAUGCCCCCAAACAUCAGAACCCUUUGCCCCUGAACUGCCCCCAGCC